UAACGAAAAUAGUGUUGCUUGUUAUGGAUACAUGCAAGAAACGUUAAAGGAAGAGAAAACGAGGCUUGUCAUACAGGACUUUUUGCAUUACGUAAGCUUUAUGUGGUGGUGAAUAACAUUUUCAAACCUGUGGUGGUCUCGUAUAACGACAUUAUUAGAAGUUUGUUGGACUGUUUGAUGUCACGUGCUAGCUUACCCACCCGGCACAGAAGUCCGCAUCAAUGAUUAAUGCAUGAAACAAUGCGCUUUCAUCUAACGUACCCAUUGUUGAAACAAAUAAUCACUUUACCGAAAGUAUGCUUUAGUUCAGUAUUACGCCACAGUUCUGUCGUUGCUGACAGAAAGCCUGUAAAGAGAAAAAAUAAAAGUAAACGCAAACUACCUGCUAACUUUGACUCGCUUUCCUGGGAAGAGAGACUGGCGGACACUGUGACACCCCUAUGGCGACUGAGCUAUGAGGAACAGCUCAAGUGGAAACAAGAACAGCAACACAACAUCUUACUUGAGAUGACAAAGCAUCUGGCUGAGUAUUCAUCCAAAGAUUUUUCAAACGAUUUAAGAUUUCCCCUUCUGCCCAUAGUUCCCUCACCAGUGACUGAUGGAUACCGCAAUAAGUCAACCUUCUCUGUCAACAAGGGAAUGGAUGGGAAUUCAAAAACUGUUGGAUUUUUUAUAGGCAAUGGAAAAAUGGGUAACAUUGUGUGUGUCCAUGGCGACCACCUCUUGAACAUGCCUCCAAAACACAAGAUGGUUGCAAGACAUUAUGAAGAUUUUAUACGUCUCUCACCACUCAGUCCAUGUCUUUUGUUUCAUGAUGGUGGUCACUGGAGAGAAAUCACUGUCAGGACAAAUUCUGCUGGUCACACUAUGGCUAUAGUUUACUUCCAUCCUCAACAGUUGACACCUGCGGAGAUCAGCGUCCAUAAAGCUGAACUGGUGGAAUACUUCAUUGAAGGUCCUGGAGCAGUUUGUCAAUUGGAUUCUCUUUACUUCCAGGAGAGCUCAAUGACCCGUUCCAGUCAUGAGCAAUCCCCCUAUCAUCUUCUACAUGGACAGCCUCAUAUCUAUGAGGAGGUGCUUGGCUUUAAGUUUAGAAUUUCUGCUGAUUCAUUUUUCCAGGUGAACAGGGCAGCAGCGGAGGCCCUGUAUCAGACGGUUGCCGAGCUGAAUCGGGCGUGCGUCGGGGGAACCCUUCUGGAUGUCUGCUGUGGUACUGGAGCAAUUGGCAUUUUGUUAUCUCCGCAGAUGGAAAGAGUCAUUGGCAUAGAGCUCAUUGAACAAGCAGUCGAGGACGCCAGGUAUAAUGCAAAACUAAACAGAGUUGACAAGUGUGAAUUUCUCACAGGCAAAGCAGAAGUCGUCCUACCAAAUUUGAUGGCCACAUUGAGUUCUCACGGUGGACUGACAGCCGUUGUCAACCCAUCCAGGGCUGGCUUGCAUUAUAGAGUUGUCAGAGCCUUAAGGAACCACCCAGCCAUAAGGAGGCUUGUCUACAUAUCUUGCAAACCUGACGGUGAGGCGAUGAGGAACUAUAAAGAGCUCUGCUGUGGCACAGAUUAUCAUAGGAAGAUUCUUGGAGAAGCCUUUAGACCGACUGUGGCCGUCCCUGUGGACCUGUUUCCACACACUCCACACUGUGAACUGGUGCUUGUUUUUGAAAGAUAAAGAAAAUCGAGACUGAAGGGAAUUGAUCAUUUUGUAACAACAGCAGAUUAAUACCUCUAUUAAAUAUGAAUGCAACAUUUUGAGUGUAGUCAUCAUGAAUUAGCUCAAAAUAGAGAGACUCAGUGUUACAUCAAACUCAUUAAAAUUACCUUCAUGUGUAUUUUUUAA